AUGGAGCUGAAGAAGAUUCUCGAAUUCCUCUCCGUCGCACUGACGACACCCCCGCCGUUGAUUCUCGACUUCCGCCGCGACACCAACAUCACGCAGCCCUCGCAGAUCCGCGCAUAUACCGACAAGUUCUACGGCCAAGUUGGCUCGGCCUUCAACUUGGCUGCAGCGUGCGGCAACUCCACAAGCGCCGCCACUGGUGUUGCGAAUCUGACCUGCACCUACCUCGACCUCAGCCCCUGCUACAGCAACAACCUUGGCGUGCUUGAACCGCUAUGGCCCAACGCCACCUGGCACGGAAACUUUACUGAGACCUGCAAGAAUUGUUGGCUUCUUACCAAGAGCAACGGUGCACUCAUGGGCUGCGACUGCCUGAAUGUCUCGGCUAGCGGCUCCGUAGAGUUUGUCCGCGCACAGGUCAACCUCAACGACCACAUCUGGAACGAUAGCCACGGAAUCCUAGCGUGCGGUGACUGGUUCGGCAAGCCCUGGCCACGGUGCGAGGCUAUCGGGACCUGCAUUGAGCCAUUCUGUUGAGAAUGUCUGACCAGGGCGGGAGAUUUGAAAUAGUAAGAAAAGGACACACAUGGAAAUUCACUUCACACAACAUUUGAAGGAGACCACGGCAGCUAGGAACAACUAGAUCUCUUCACAGAACUGGGAUGAAUGUGAAAAAGGCC